AGUCUAAAACUGAUGUGUCACAUCACAGAAGGCAGCAGCUGAAGAGCAGGGGUAUGGUUGCCAUGUUGGGAGAAGCCUUCAUCAGAGUCUUCAGGUACAGGAAAGAGGAUUGUGAUUGUGAUUCCACAAAGGCUCAGGAACGUCCACCACACCCUGCUCCCAAUAUCGUUCUGAACCAAGGUUCAAUGUUAGGAAACAUGGAUGGCCUGGUGCAGUCUGGUCCUAGAGCGACAACCAGGCCCAGUGAUGCCCUCACCAUCCCCAAUAGCCACAGUGACGACUAUGGUGACCUGGAGCUCUAUCGCUCCUGGUGCUGCACCACCUUCUGCAAAGACUACCCCGACCUGCAGCUCAGAGGGGACCAUGUGGGAAACAGGAGUUCAAUGAGCCUGCGGCUGGAGAGUGAGGUGUUCCAUGGGCCACUUCUUCAAUCUCAGGACCUGGGAGAGCUGGAGUCCUUGGAACCCACAGGGCCUGUGGAGCCUGGGGUACAGGUGGAGUCCCAGACCCUGCAGGAUGAGGGUAACCUGGUCAUAGACAGCAGCAUCAUCACCCUGAACAGGGAACCUCUGUCCAACUCCAUGCUGAACGGCUACCUGGAGAGUAAGCUGCUGGAGGUGUACAGACAGCAUAUGCAGGACAGCAUGGCCCGGGGCAGCUCUCCCCUGGUCCAGACCCCUCCCCAGGGCCUGGUACCAGAACCAGUGAAGCAGCUCAGCCAGUAUCUCUGUCAGGACCACGGCCUAGACUCCAGUACGGCCCAGAGCAUCGUCAUCCACUACCUCAGCACCUGCACCGUGGCCAGCUCCAACUUCAGCUCUCCCGACCUGCGCAUCUCCAACCUACGCAUCCCCAACCCUGAGCCCAGGAAUAAGCCCACCUGACUGAAACCAGCAGUAUUUCUACUUUGUUUGCCAACUCUAACGUACUUGACAAUGCUAAAGCAUUCAAUUAUCAAUCGAAAAUUCAAUUGAUAAUUCGGAAGGAGAUCCCCUCAUUUUGUUGAAUUGUUGAAAGAAAUAUCUUUAGAAAAUGCCACAAUGUCCAAAAUAUUUACUACAUAAAUGCAACCAGUUGCUAUAUUGUCAUGCUUGGGUGCCUGAGACAAUGUCAAGCUUUCGAGUUUAAAGACAAAGAGUAGAAAAACAGGGAAUUGUGAGCUGAUCUUGUAAAGAAUCUUGUUUCUGAGAAAUAAUUCCUCACAGAUACUGCUGAUUUGAAAUUAUAUUGUUUUAAACACAGAUUUACAAAACGCCAAAGAAAAAAAGUAUUUUCCUAACUUGGUUGUCAAAGCAGAAAAAUAUUGCCACCUGCUGUCAUACAAAAGCAUUGCAUGUUUACUGCAAGUGUCACAUUGCAUUUUGACAAGAAAGAUAUUACACAACAUCUGUGCCAGAUAAACAUAUCAUGCUGUGCCACAUUUCUAAUGCGUUUUAAUCUUGAAUGCGACUGAAUAAAUAAUAAAUAUUAAUAUGCUAAAGAACUGA